UGAGCUGCCGUGUCACAUUCGAGUUGGAUACCUCUGAAGUAGAAAUGAAAAUCAACAAUAAUAAAAUAACAAAAUUCAAAAUUCCCCUACAAUUACUUACAUUUUUAUCGGAAAAUCAGACUUUCUCUCUAGGAAGGGACGUCAAGUAUCCUAGACUUGGUCGCUUAACGGAGCGAGUGAUCCAUUUCGAUAUUUAAGGGCUCAGGAGAAGCGCUGUUGAACCAUCGUUGACAGGAAAAACUCGAGCACAGCGCUAUUUCCAGAUGAUGGGCAACUUGUACAGUAAAGUAUGGCCGAGCAAGAAAAAGGAUUCGAGUUUCUAUCUGAAACCUUUGACCAAAGACGCUUCUGUGCUGAAGGCGGUCGAAGAUAUACAAAACCUCACUCCGGAGCAAGUUGAGCAGCAGUUCGAAAACGUGUGCCGCGCAUCACACAAGGUGCUGCAUAGCCUGACGCACAACCCCUGUCGCCAAUUUUCCAUGCGCAUCAAGCAAUGCUUAGACGAAAAUGUCCUGCAAAUGUCCAAGUGCUUUGGCGAGAUGGACGAGUAUAGAAAGUGCGUGAGUGAUAUGAUGUCGCAGAAGCUGGCUGGGGUUAUCGAUUUCGAAGAGCAAAAAGAAGAUAGAAUCAAUGAAAGCAAUUUGGAUGUUGAAACGGAAAAUGAGCGAAGCGAACGAAAGCAGGAGAGUGACCCAAGUAGUUGUGCGUAAGCUCCUUACGAUAUUUAGUAUGUAAUCAUGUGUAUGUAUUUGUGUAUAUUUGUAUGUGUGUGUAUUUGUAUAUUUUUUUUUAUCGAAGUGAGGACAUUUUUUGAAUUAAUAAAGCUGCAGGUAAAAGCCACUGCAAGAA